AUGACGGAAACUUGGCGUCCGAAAGCAAUCAUCUUCGACCUGCUCACGGCCCUCCUCGACAGCUGGUCAGUAUGGGAUCAAGCUACCACUGCGGCAGGGUUUUCGGCUUCGCAAGGUCACGUUUGGCGCAAGCGCUAUCUAGAAAUCACAUUCGGCUGUGGUGCUUACAAGCCAUACGAGGAGCUUACAGCGCAAGCCGCGCGUGAUGUCGGCCUUGGCGACGACGCGGCGCGGCAACUAAACAAGAAAUGGGGUGAACUCGAGCCGUGGCCUGAAGUACGGAAAGUUUUGGGGCGUCUUAGAGAGAAGGGAUACAAGUUGGGUAUAGUCACGAACUGCUCGGCUGAGUUGGGAAGACGUGCGGCGGGCAAAGUGGGUGUGGAUUUUGAUGCUGUGGUGACGGCUGAGGAAGCUGGCUUCUACAAGCCUCGCGAGGAGGCGUACCAGGCCGGUAUAAAGGCUCUUGGCUUGACAUCUGACGACGUGCUCUUCGUUGCUGGUAGCAGCGGCGAUGUGGUCGGCGCAGCAGCAGCCGGGAUGAGGGUGGUGUGGAACAAUCACAUCGGGCUCGAGCCGAAGCCAGGUGCUAAUCCGAUGCGGGAAGGUAAGUCGCUUGACGAAGCCCUCGUCGAUUUUUUGUAG